ACAUUCCUAAUGAAAUUUAAUGUAACAUUCGAUAUAUGUAAUCCUGCCCUUGAAGAUUCUUAACUUGGUUUGUCACAAAAGUUUUGUUAAUGUUCAUCGUGAUUUCUUAUCUUUAUAAUGCCUGUGUUUACUGUAAAAUAAAAAUUGUUUGAUUUAGUGACAGAUGAAAAGUAAUUUAUGGUGAUUGAAUUUGUUUUAAAAUUCCCUUCCUAAAUUUAGUUCACUGCCGAGCAAGUGUCUUUAAGGGAUUAUGUAACUUUUUUGAGACUAAACAAUGGCAAAAAUCAAUACAGCACUUGCAGUUCUUUUAUUCAUAGUUUCGGUAGCAUGGUGUCAACCGACUUCAGUGCCAGUAAAUCAAACUUCACCACCAGUACAAAGUACUACCAGUACAACAGUACCUCCAUCGAUACCUGAGAAGUAUGAAUACAUUGUUAAACUACUGUUCGGACUAGAAAACGAAAAAAUACCGGAAUUUAUAGUUAAAGCUAUCUAUGACGCUAAUUUUGCGACCCCUGCAGAUUUGAUAAUGCUGUAUGAUGUAGGAAACAUAAGUUUAGCUCAAACUGUAGAAGUACUACAAAAACUAAAAUACGAUCCCUCUAACGUAUUGAGUAUGAAGGGCUUAGAGACCAUACUGGAUGAUUUAAACGUAAAGUUUAAAAAUUUCUAUAAUACGAUAUUUUUAGAAAAGUUGAACAUAUCUGGAGUUCAACUACGGAAUUUUUUGCAAGCUCUAAACAUUAACACUGCCGAGUUUUCUGAGGCUAUGACCUACGGGGAUGAAGACCCACUGGUUAUAUUCAAAAAAGGAAACUUUUCUUCAGCAAAUUUCCAAAAGGCUUUAAACACUAUUAACGAGACUGAAGAAAAAUUCUACAGUGUUUGCAGACAAGAAAUUUUCCAAAUUGUUAUUACUCAAAACUCUACAUCAGAUGUCUUAAGUAAUUUGAAGAAAUACCAUUUUGACCAACGUGAAGCUCUUCAGUUAUGGAAGAUUAUGAAUGUGACUGAAGAGAAUGUUGAAAGUGUACCAGUUUUUGCAGAUCUACUGACGAGUCUGGAAGACAGCCUAAAAGAUACCACUUAUUUGGGUGUUAUAACCAGUAACACACAAGUAGGGAUCAACGAAGCUGUGUAUGAUGAUAUUAAAGACAAACUGAAAAUGGCAAAAUUAUACGCUCAGUCUAUUUAUAAUAAUAAUAACACUGUAGCGUUAGUUCCAGAGAAAAGUGAGUUUACAGAUUUAGUUACGUUCAAAGUACAAAACCAUAAUUUUACAGAACAUGCUCAGAUAGCAACAACGAAGAAAGAUCUCACCAACUGCCUUUUUGUAACAGUCAACAACGGUACAGUAAUUAGUACAAAAGUAGAUGUAGCUCGAUACAGGGAUUCUGAGAUAAAAGUUGAACUAAAUUUGACCCAGCUAAUCCAAGGCAGUCCUUUAAUAUGUGACAAGAAAGUGUAUGGAUUAGCUAAAGAAAUUGAUGAAGGAGAUAUCGUUUUUGAUACAUUUAAUGUUGAUUCUGACAAAUCAUCAGUAAGCACUAAUGUUCUAAGUACGUGUCUGGCAAUUCUUUGUUUUGUAGUGUACUUUAAGAUAUGAACAUUGUACAUAACUAUAGGUAUCUUUAUAGAAAGAAUAUAGUGUUAACUUUGUAAAUAGAUUAUUAUUAUUACUAUUGUUAAUAAAUGAUUUAUUAUUA